GGAGUGGCCAAGUGCUAUCAUGUGACAGAGCUGUGGGUCUCUGCAGUCAGUGUUGGCGUUUGCUCCGUAGUGUUCGGUCAUGGAACGCUAUGUAUCUCUUUUCGCUCUGAGCCUGCUGAGCCUGGGUGAGUUAGGAUGGUUCUGGCCGUGAAGGAUGGAGAUACUGGCUUGGAGGGGGAGGAAGGGAAGCCGGGCGCUGGGCCCAGGCAUUGUCUCCGAACAAUGUGCAGAUAGGCUGAGGUGUCAUUGCUGGGCGAGGUUGCUUGUUUUUGCAUGAGGGCCCACAUAGUAAAUAAAUAGUUUUAAUGGCAAUUUGUUGACAGGAAGGUAUGGGUUGGGGUUGUUAUGGUUAAGGCUACUUCCUGUUUGAUGGUAAUCAGGUUAUCUACCUAUUGGGCAAUGUUGACUACUGUAGAGUUACAGUGCCCAUGAUGGCAAAGCAUCAUGGCAGUGGUAGUCCUAUAGAAAGGGGAUGAGGGGGGUACUGGGACACAUCUAGAAAAUGUGGGGCUCUUACUUUAGAGCCAGAGUGGAAUUAUUUUGCUGUUUUUCUCUAGUUCAAAAGCCUUUUAUGUAGAAAUACACCAGACUCCCCAACAAAGUUUCCCAUCUGUGUAUAUACAGUGACAAUCACAACUACAAAAUAAUGUGCCAUAUAUGACACGAAGACUGAAAAUAAGGCUGAGGAAUUGGGAAGAUAGCCGUGUCAAAGUACCAUCUGAAAGCCCUUUUGUGGCACAAUACGUGCAAGUAGACAAAUAUAUGCCUCACUAUAUCUAUAUACAGUUUCCACUAUGAUGUGCCCUUUCUCUCUCCCUUAGUAGGAUUACACCUACGUCUUUUUAUAUGGAACAUUUACUAUCUGAACAGAUGUCAAGCUUUUGUGGGUGACAUUUCUCAAGAUGUUCAAUCAGCUGGUAGCCUACCCUAAAUGUGCGGGGGUUAUCUUGCUUGCAAUGUUUCAGGAAUUUGUAUCAAAGAUGGAGAAAUAUGGUAUUUUAGUUUGGAUAUUUUCCUGACUAUUAGUGGGUGUAACUGUCUUAACUUAUAACCCUAUUCCAACUUUCUAUACACAAACUUCGUUUACAGAGUUAUUUACUGAAGUGAGAAUACAAAGUGUUUUUUUUAUUUUUGUUUUUUUUUUGUGAAUGGAAAGCAUAAAAGACUUACAGAUUUUUUUUUUCCUGUUCAACCAUUUUGUCCUUGAACUUGAAAAACAGUUUGAAUUCAUUUUCGAAUCUCACAGUGAAUAACCUGUCGGUUACUUGUCACCUAAUGCAUAUUGAGAUCUUCCCAAGAUGUGCCUUGCUAAGCGUUUAAUGUAAUGCUUGACUAGCACUUUUCCAUAAGGCUGCAAAGCAAAUUUAAAAACAUGACUAACCUUAACUUUGUAGGUGAUUGAAUAUUAAAAGUGGGUUUUUGGAUGAAGGCCAAUGUUUGAGCUAAAGCUGUGGCCGAAAUGCAAGCUGUUCGCUCACUUAUCAAGUCUCAUAUUCUUUGUCCCCUCCUACCCUUCCUGUGCUGUUGCAUAACAAAUGGCCAGGUUCACAUUACACCAUCUGCUUGCGAUGCUAAAAUAAUGGCACCUAGGCUGCUUAUCUUUCAAGAUAAAAUGUGUUUCAGUUUAAAGUGCGAAAAACCAUAAUUGAAAACUCCACUCUGGCUGUGUUUCCUUUGAGAUGCCAUUUAUUGUGCACAUGCCUUGCUAUUAGGAAUUUGAUAGUCAGUCAAUAAACCAGUUAACAUCCAUAAACUUAUCUAAUUUACACAAACUGUCACUUUUAUAUGGUUCCUUUGCAGGGAUAUAGGGGUGUGGUCAUAACGUAAGGAGCUGGUAUAUACAGUGUUGCCGCUUGUAGCAUCAAUAGCCAGCUAGAAGAAAAAGAUCUGGCUGGCUAAAGACAAUUCUGUGCUUAUUGGCUGAGAGCGUUUUAACAGACCCAGUCAGCCAACGAAUGAGCAGCAGCAUUGGUACCCAACUUCUGCAGCUUUGGAGAAGCAAGAUGUGGUUAUGUUGCUAUUACAGCAGGACCUGGAAAUAGUGCAAAUCACUGAAAAAUGGUUUGCCCAGUUACAAUGGUGCCAAGGUACACCUAACAUCAUAUCAACUACAGCAGGCUGUAGUGAUUUUAUGAUGCUUGAAGUGACCUUUUAAAUAAAGGUAUAAGUAAAACAUUAAAUGGUUUCUCUCAUGGGCAUACCUAGAGCAUUUGGUACCCUGGGCAGGUCCUGUGUUUGGCACCCUCUUAUUCUCCCUCUCCUUCUCUCUCCCCCCCCAUAAAAAACAAAUUUGUAAACUUUUUAAAACCUCUUUGUUUUUUCUACAAAACCCAUGUCCUGCUCCUCCUACAAACCCUUGCACCACACACACAGUUACAGGCAGACAGUCACAUAUACAGUCACACAGUCGUAGACCCACACAUAACCGCAGACAGUCUCUCUCACACACACACCUGGAGGAGGGGUGGAUUCCUUCCUGGGAGCCUGUUAUUUGGAGAAGCAAGGAUUCCUUUUUGCUGCACCUCCAUGUGCAGCAGUAACCGCAGCGGGUAAAGGCUGUGUUAAGCUCUGCUAGUUUGGCUCCGCCCCAACUUUUCUUGGCUUCUCCCACACUUUUCUUCGGUGCGGCCAGUUCAGCUGGUAAUUGCUGGUCUCUUCGUGUGUGCCCCGACCGCCCGGCACCUCAGCUGUCACUGGGAACAGCUCAAACAUCCCCUCUCCAGUCCGCAGACCAUGAUCAUGGGACCCCCCUACCUGGUGACUCUUGGGUUGGACCCCCCUCCCCAUUAGUACGCCAAUGGUUCCUCUUUAAAGUAUUGCUCCAAGCACUAUGACCUCUUCCAUGAUUUCAAGUGGUCAUGGUGCUUGAAGUGUGUGACCAGUUUGAAAUACUGCACAUACAGAGAUGAUGAAGUUUGCUGCCAGAGGUGGGAGUCAACCUCCUGCUAUUUUUAUUAGCAGAAUGAGGGUCAAUUCCAUGCAUAAAAUGCAUCUUAUGUCAACAAGCAUAGCAUGCAGGUGACUGUGACCAAUGACUGCACACCCCCCACCCUAAGUCUUUCCUCAGAGAAGUGAUGUCACAGGUGGCUCAAGCAGCAAGUACUCACUAUUUUAAUGGGGACAGGACCACGCUCUGCAUGGAAAUGUUGAGCAUUCCCCAUAGAGAUGCAUUGAAUCAAUGCAUCUCUAUGAGGACAUGCUGAUUGACAAGCGCAGUACUUGAGUUCAUCCCUUGACUGAGAUCAUCAGUGUUGACUAUAAAUUUUAAAGAUCUCAGCCAAGGGCGAGGAUUGGGGGCAGCGCUGGCAGAUCCUCGUGGUGCUGGAAUAAAGGGAUGUGUGUGGUUGUGUGGGUGUUUGUUUUUUUUGUUUAAAUCCUAUUCAAAGGGCAGCAGGCCAACUUAUCAAGUCUUAUUCUUUGUCCCCUCCUACCCUUCCUGUGCUGUUACAUAACAAAUGGCCAGGUUCACAUAUACAGGUUUUGAUGCUAUAGGGUCAAGAAUUCCUGACCCUAUAGUGUUCCUUUUAAAGCACUGCUUUUGGUUGGGAAAAAUAACCCUUUCAGGACCUUUUAAUAUCGGAUUUUAAUGUAAGUCAAACUGAUUUAUCGGACGUAACAUAAUGCAGGUUUUAGCUCAUUCCGUCUAAACCAUUCUUCCUCAUUGCAAUUCUUAGAUCUGAGUCAGAGGCUCUUUGCCUUAAUGAUAUUGUAAAAUAAGCAGGUUUUCCUGGUCAUAGUUAAGUUGUGAUUUAUUUAUUUUUUUAAAUAUUUGUCUUGUGCUGGCUGCUUGCACCUGAAAAAGCUGGCUUACUUUGAGUGUUGUUUGGACCAUCUGGCACAACAUAUGAAAUUCAACAGUAAUGGGCACAUCUGAGCUGUAAAUAAAAUCUAGUGUCUAAAUUGGAGGUGAGGGGGGUAGGGUAACCUACUGAUAAUUAUAACUCCUACAAGAAUCAUGCACCAUUAAGGAUGCUUAAAAGGACACUAUAGCCAUCAACACAAUUUUGGCUUAAAGGAAAAUUAUAGUCCGGAACACAAACACGUAUUCCUGACCCUAUAGUGUUGAAAAACCAUCUAGCACUAGUCUGCUCGUGCUGGCUGUGCCCCUGAUCUGCCUGCUUGGCUGACAUCAUAUGUCUCAAGACCAGUAAAGUCCCAUAGAGGACUGAAAUGUCGACACAUUUUCUGGUGAAUAACUGCACAAUAAAACUUCAAGAUUUAUCUACUAAGUCCUGUGAGUGCACCUUCCUUGAGAGAGAGAAUUUGUAUCUUGUAAUACCUUUUUUAUUUUUUAUUUUAUUUAUUUAUAUAUUAUUUAUUUACUUUGUUUUAGAUCACAUGAGUUCAGCCAGCUGAACUGCUCACUAGUGUGUAGCACCACCUAGUGCUUCUGAUUAUGUCUGCAGCUCAGUGUUUACUCCAAACCAGUUACACAAUCUACAAAGCAAUACAUUUUAUUGUAACUUUAUUUUUAGCAUUGUGUUUAUAAAUGAAUAAAGUGUCUUCUACAGUUGGGUAUUGGGAUUUCUUUUGCCCAAUGCAGAGCACAUGCACUUCUGAUGGCUAACUUUAUGGGCUUUACAGUUGGUUUGACAUUGAGUGAGAGAAAUAUCAAAUCACUGAAGUAGUCAUGGUGCUUAGAGUAACCCUUUAAAAGGAACAAUAUAGUCACCAGAACUACAGCUUAGUGUAGCCACCUAUAGGUGCUGAAUGGAGAUGCUGAACAUUCACCAUAGAGAUGCCUCUCUGGGGAGAUGCUGAUUAGCAAGCACAGCAUUUUUGCUGUGCAUGCGCAAUAGCUUCUGUUUUCCUAUGAGAGUCAAUUUUGAUGAUCUCUGCCAAGGAGGUGGAUUUGGCCGAAGCAAUCACUGGUGGACCCACACAGCGCUGGAACAAAGGUGUGUAAACAUGCCUUUUUAUAUAGGGUACAAGGGGGCUAACAUGUGAUUACAGUGACAGGAUAUGUCUGUAUUUCUGUCCCUAUAGUGUGGUUUUUGCUGUAUAGUGUGGUUUCUGCUGUAAAAGCAGCAAGGGAUUUUAACAACCUUCCUCAUUCACACAAGGUUAUCAGGACGGGUAUAGCAACUUUAAUCCAGAGCUUAUGCUGAAUCCCACUAGCUGCCAUGGCAAACACCAUGACCACAUCAGGUCACCGAAGUGCAGAUGGUGCUUAAAGUCUGUAUUGGCAGCAUUAUAGUUUGAAAUGCUGCACUUAAAGAUGCUUAAUGCUAACUCCGUCUCUGUGUUACUGGCCAAUCUGGAAAGAGUAAGUUAGCCUACCCCUUUUAUGAAGAGGUGACCAUGCCAAACAAGUUUUACGCUGACCAAAAAGUGUUUAAAAAUGGUUAUUAGUUGGAGUUAACUUAUUAUAUAUAUUUUUUUUAAGGCACAGGCUGAGCACCAUAACCACUAUAUCAUGCUGUUUCAAACUAUGAAAUCCCUUUCAGCUUUGUUGAAUUGAUCGAGUGCCGGUUAAUUGAUGGACAAAAGAAUAGGAGAUUUUUUAUUUUAUUUUUUUAUUUUUUAAAUCUUGCCAAACUAAUAAAGUCCUACAUAGACAGGCAUUUUGAUUCAAUGCUGCUGAAGGUGAUUUGUGUGCAUGUAGUCAGUCUUGUAACACUUUGCCCAUUUAACUGGUGUUCACUGGGCCAAUCACUCACUCAGAGCCAGAAACGAUCUACUUUGCUCAUUGGAUGACACCAAUCAGCUUAUGCUUUUAGUGCUUAUAACAUAAACCCUGCUAUGCAGGUACAGUUUAUUGGCUAAUGAAAACUGGUAAUAUGCAGGUGCUUUCAGCUCUCAAUGAAGGAAGUGGCCAGUGUCGGUCAGACCCCAGGUAAGUUCUUAAAAGGCUUGGCAAAUAUUUUGACUAGUGACCUUGAGCAUGCAAGAACAUUCCUGCCUCCAUAAACUGAAGUGUGUACUUAAAAAUAAGCUGCAGUGACAGGGCCUUUGCACCAACAUCACUUCAAUAAGAUUAAUUGGUUUUGGUAGUUAGAAUGAGCUUAUUCAAUGGUAUUCUAUAACAAAGCUCCUAUGUUAUAAUCCUGGUUUGUUGCACGUUUAUUUACGGCUGUUUUGGUUGACCAUUCCAACAUUUUAUCGAGAUUUCUUGGGGUUCUGCCAUUAUUUUGUAUCGGAUUUAUUUUCAGUAGCAUAGUUGUUGUUUUAAAACUUUGUUUUGACAAAUUAUUUCUGGCUUUUUAUCUUUGAGUAACAUACUGCUAGUCGUUCACAUGAUCCUCUUGCAAAGAUGCUUCCCUCCCCUUUCCUCUCACGCUUGUUGGUUGUGUGUCUGGGAACAUACAUGUAUUCUACAUUUGUACACACGUGUCUUUUAAUAUAUUAUCCUUUUGCACUAAUUGGUUUAAUUAUUCAUUUAUUUUUGUUUUACCUUCUAACAGGGUUCAUGCAGUCCAAAACUUUUGACAUAGAAGUAAAGGAUUCUUCAAAUCAUACUUGUAUACAUGCCAGCCUGAUGGUGAACUUCACAGUACAGUAUGAAGUAAACUCCACCUUUUCUGUAAGUCAAUUUGCCCUUGAAUGCCAGUCAUGUAACCCACACAAUGUCCAAAGUGGGCUUUGUGAGUUGUUUUGCAGGCUCUAUGUCCCGUCUCUGCCUUUUUAGCCGCUAUUGGGUAAUAAUUCCUUCACUCUGACAGUCUGCUCUAACAAGAACUGCCAGUGCAAAUAAUCCUUUAUCAGAAGAAUGAUCUACUGUUUUUGAUGUUGAUCAGUAAUUUAUAAAUGCAAAGUUUUAAAGCUGAAACAAGCUUUGAAUGAGAUCCUUGGUGAUUUUAAAGGGACACACUGAAUGACAUAACUUCAUCACAGCAAAGUUAUGAUGUCAGUAGGUCCCCUAUGUUGACCUCAAGGGCUUGAACAGUUCAAGUUAUAACCCCACUCGCUUUGCCCAGCAACUUCAAUGAAAAUGUAGUUUCUUACUUUUGGCUGCAUUUCUUUCUUUUUUUUUUUUUUAAUACACCUGUAUAAAGAAUAAAAUCUGUUUAAAGAGCACUAAAUGAAGAAAUGUGAUAUCCCUGCAGAUCCAAAUGUUCGUAUUUUGCCCAUAGCUAUUCACCUGGUUUACCAAUUUUUAUCUGAAUUAAAUGUCUUUGACUAAAUAAUUUUAGUUUCUUUUUUCAAUUCUCAGCAAUUCCCAAACUACAUAUUUUUCCAGUUCUUGUGCAUGAGACCUUUUUAAAUAUGAAAUUCUCAUGCUUGUUCUCCUCAAUUUCCAGUUUGGGGAAUAAAUACAAUCCAUAAUCUGUUCGUAUAUGCCUAACUGCACAGUAGACUAGACUAUUCAAUGUAUUUGAACAAUAUUUAUAAAUAAAUAAAAAAAGAUAUAUGGUUCUGUCUCUGUGUUCUGUCUCUGUGUUCUGUCUCUGUGUUCUGUCUCUGUGUUCUGUCUCUGUGUUCUGUCUCUGUGUUCUGUCUCUGUGUUCUGUCUCUGUGUUCUGUCUCUGUGUUCUGUCUCUGUGUUCUGUCUCUGUGUUCUGUCUCUGUGUUCUGUCUCUGUGUUGUCCUGUUUGCCAAAUUUUAAAAAAGCGUUUUCUCAAACUAUUUUUAGAAAUCUUGAUUGUAACAAAUACAUUGAAUAGUGUGUUCACUGGAGACUGAACAGACAUUUUAAUUUAAAUUAUAUUUGUUAAACACAACAUUUAAAAAUAACAGCCACCUUUCGGUCUGUUUUAUUUACCUUCAUCUGCCUUUCUUUGAAACCAAACUAAUCUUGGAAACCAGCAUUGGGCAACAAAGCAUAUAAAUAUGUAUGCAUAACUACCCAUGAAAGAUUGAAGGGACACUGUAGGCACCCAGACCACUUCAGCACAUUGAAAUGGUCUGUGUGCAAACUCCUAUCACCCUUAACCCUGUAGUGGUAAAAACUGCAAUAAUUACCUCUGAGGGUUAACUCCUCCUCUAGUGGCUGUCUACCAGAAUUGAAACUGACUUUUGGUCCGUUUUCAGAUGCUGCAUAGCAUAAGGACCUCCAGCAUCGGAUCCCCUCCUUCCCCCUCCUUAUGAGUGUGUGGCCAUUGCUGCGCAUUAGGUCUCACCUGCUGGCUGACAUUGGCAGGGGAGGAGCGUGGGCCGAGCCUGACCAGCGCUGAGGGACAUCAGCUGACUUAAAGGGGGGGUAUGGUAGCCUGUGAGGGAUAGGGGAACUGCUGGAUUAUACAGUGCCAGGACAACUGCUUUGUUUUCCUGUCACUAUAAAAAUCCCUUGAUCACUAUGGGUUCAGGAAUACAUGUUUGUUUUUUCCUGAUCCUAUAGUGUUUAAGUUAUUUACACACACACACACACACACACACACACCAUUGUACUCUUAAAAAUGUGCUACUGUUAAAUUGCAGACUGUUCAGUUGCCGCACAAAAAUAUAUAUUUGGAAUAUGCAAGAUAAAAGCACUUUAUGAUGGAAUAAAUUAAUCCUUGUAUUCAGAAUAGUCUAUAUUUGAUGCAACAGGUCCUAGCAUACUUAUCCGCAGGACGUUAUCUGUGAAGCUGCACAAAGACUCUCCAGUUCCCUUUUGGGGCAAAAGUUAUAGUUCCAUUGGUAGUAUGGCCAACUAUAGCUCCAAAAAUGGAGAAUGCCCCACACUCUCUCAACUUAUCAAUAUGUAGGCAUGAAAUGAGUGCAUACAAAUGUGGUCAAAAGCUAACUAGUAGAAAUGUAUGGGAGCAUAGAACAAUUCAUUGUGUGUAGCGUGAAUGCUUUCCUCCCCUGGCCCCCUCCCCAUAUGUUUCUCGUUCUCCUUUUCGUUAGUGAUUUUAGCCUUUUCUGAGCUGGACUAUGAUGUAAUUUGCUAAAUCUGUAAUAUAAAAUCUAAAAGGAAAUUAAAUAUCUCAUUGGAGAGGAAAAAGGUUAACCCCAUUUAUCGCUGAUUUUUAUUUUUACAUUGUUUUUAUUCUGUAAUGUCUACAGAAGUGACAGCUCUCUUCUUAACUUUACUGUUUGAGCAUCUGUCUAAUGUUCCAGAGGGGAGUAUACACACUUAAUUUUUCCACUACUGGGUAGUGGGGAAACUGUAUGUAUACAAAUGGUUUUAUUGCAGAUCUAAUGAGUCAUACAACACUUUCAGAAAGAUGGGCAAAUUUGUAUUUUUUUUUUUUUUUUUUCCCUUUUGUCCUCCUUGGUAAAAAGGUCUUAUUUUAUUGGUCUCUAGAAACAUUUUAACUUUUUGACCCCACUUCAACAUUAAAAAAACCCCAAAACAAACCGGAUCUUAUUUAUCAGAUCAUGUUUUAAUUUAAACUAACUUUGUCUUGCAGAAAAACUCUACUUUUUCAGCACCAAGUAACGUAACCAUAAACGGAAGCCAUUGUGGGGAAAAUAGUGGAUCACCUUUACUACUAGUAAACUUUGGGAAUGGUCACUCGUGGAGUUUAAACUUUACCAAGAACAGCACAAUGUAUAGUGGGGAUAUACUUAAUUUUACUUACAACACAAACGAUUCCACAUUCUUCCCGGAUGCACUUAAACAAGGUAUUUUCUUUGAAUUUGUCUACUUUGAUCUGCUGUAUUAGACCUAAAAGGAAACUGCAUCAAUAUAAUUAACUUAGUAAGCAACGCUGUAUCUCUGUCCUGUAACAUGCAUGUAUCGUGCACAAGAGUAGGUUUUAAAUCUGCAUAAACCUAGGGCUGUUUUAUAUCCUGUUUGGUUUCUCCUCAACCUAAUUAGUACUUGGCUAUGUGUGAAGUGUUCUUUGCUUAAGUGAGAAUUGUUAAAUUAAAAGUGAUUUUAAAACUUAAGAUAAAGUAGUCGAGUUGAAAACCUUGGAGAAUUUAUUUUUCAGUUUGACUUUUUUGACCUUUUUAAAUUUUAAAAUUCCCUUUUGAAUUCUGUAGAAUUCUUACUUUAACCAGCAUCUUGCUGACUAGACCCAAAAAGUCAAAAUUGUACAAUCCAUGGUUCAUUUCAGGUCACUGGUUAUUUGGGAUCGCUACAUCCUACAUUUGUUGAGGCGUCCUUAACAGAGCACAACUAUUCUUUUGAACAAAAAGCACGAGUUGUUUAGAAACAUGUUGGAUGUCACUGCCCGCUGACCAUGUAGGAGGGUUGUAGGGGAAACGUGAUUUCUUGUUAAUGCCAGGCAGACUUUUCCAAAGAUCGCAUUUGAGCGAAGUAAUUGGUGCAUAAAGUUAAACUUUGAACUAAAAACGAUCAAAUGAGUCUUUUAAACGUAUUUAAAAAAAAUAAAAAUAAAUAAAUAAAACAUUAGUGUUGUUGUCCAAACACACUUUCUUGUUUGUCUAAUGCAUAUUUUGUAAUAUAUUACAGGGCUCCCAUGUUUAAUAAUAAUCCUCCCCUCUUUGAUUCUAGGGAAAACCAUAACAUCCUCUUUCUUUUCAGGUUUAAAAAGUUCCCUCACAAAGUUCCUUGAUCCAGUUCUCUUAAACCGUACUUACAAAUGUAUGCACAAUGAGAUUUUAAGGUCUGAAAAUGUCAUCCAACUUAUCUGGAAUGUAACACUACAAGCGUAUGUACAGAAUGACACACUUGGCCAAGGUAUGUGUAUUUAAAGAGUGAUGCUAUAUAGUGGUUGUAAGGGCAUAUUGCUGUAGAUAUUCUAUUUCUUUCCUUCUACCCUGAUCAAUUUUGUAUGUAUUUAUUUUGUUAGGUAGGAAAAGUUAACUCCAUACAUCCAUAUGUGUACUACUGCAAAAUGUUACUCUCGUACUAAAAAAAGGCAUUAUAAAUGCUCGGUAUGUGCUUUUCAGUGCUUAAAUUGGCAUUAUGUAGGUGGAAAUAUUGGCUUCUGCACAGUAGUCACAUCCAUCACCUGAUCACCUUUAAACUACCAUUUAGUAGCCUAGAAAUAAACUUUUAUUUUUUUAUUUUUUGGGGGGUCAUAUGGUGGCAGUACUACUGAGUCUUGCUCCUCCCUGUGUACAAGACCUCUAACAAGUUAUUAAUGAUCUAAAAGAUCCUCCCUCCUUUUCCCCACCCCCCCAGGCCCCCCUUGCCCCAUAAAAUGGCGUACCGCAAAAACCUACCUCAGUUUCCUUUCUUGUCCCGAGAGGGAAGGACAGGACAUCCACAGGGUGAGACACACGGGCUGUCUGGGGGACCUGGUCCGAGAGCUGCCCGGGCGGUAUACUGAGACCAUGCUCCUUAAACAGCAUUACGGAGCAAGUGGAGGUUAGUUCUCUUUAUGCCGAGAGUGGUUCCGGCUGUGCUUCCUGGAGGCGGAGCUUGUCCUAAGCAGACGCACAGCGGUGGAAUGCACGCCCGGGUGGUGAUGCGUUCCACCUAAGCUUCCGGGUGCGCUAAAACGCAUGCGCAAAUCGGAAGCUUAAAGGUACAGAAGGGGGGGAAAAAACAGCGAAAAUUUGAAUUCUGGUGUAUAAAUAGAGCUGUACAGUUACCCACUGACUACAUGGAUGCAGGUCAGAAGAGGUACGCCGUGUCACCUGCCCCCCACAUGGCCCAGAGGUGUUUUGAGGUAGGAUUAAUGAAAUCUUUACUUUAAAAUAUGCUCUGGAAAAUUUAUAGGAAAUCUCAAACAAUCUAAGCCUCCGUUUAUUUUUUCUCGACAGAUAUGUCUAGCCCAGCUUAUCCUGAUAUGGACAAGGAAAAACUGGCAACCUCCAUGCCUAGAAAGGCUACGGUAAAAUCAAAACCUCUAGUUUGCUGUGAAUGUGCAACUCCUCUUCCAGAUGGAUCAUGGAAGGUGUGCAGUCAGUGUACUGCAAAUUCUUUGGAAAGAUAUAAGCAAAAAGAUAUGCAAUCUUUCCUAACCUGGUUCCAAGAAAAUCUGUCCCAGAGCUUAGACUAUUAAAGAGUCUAAAAAGGUGGAAUCCCCUAUACAGCAAGGACAUCAAAGAAUCAAGAAAAGAUCGUCUACAUCUGAAACGUCAUCCGGGAAUAUUUUUCCUCAAUAGAUUGGGUCAGAUGGGUCAGGAUCCUCAUCAAGUGAACCAGUGGGGUUUUCUUCAGAUGACAUCUGUAAAGUCAUAAAGGAAGUUAACCUGACAAUCCUACCGGAAGGCCCUGAAAAUCCUAAAGAAAGGUUUUUCUGUUCAACAAAACCUGGUAGAUCUAAUAUUCAGGGAAUGGAGAGACCCUGGGAAACAUGCCUUUUUUAUAUCUAGACACUUUAAGGAUAUCUUCAGACUGGCUGGUGAAGUUAUGUGGGAAGAUCUCCCGAAAGUAGAUGUUCAAGUGGCGCAGAUUGCUAAAAAGACCACUAUCCCUAUAGGGGAAACUUCGGCUUUAAAGAAUCCAAUGGAUAAAAGAGCCAAAACCUCUUGUAGGUGAGCUUACCAGACGGCCGGUUUUCAAUACAGGGUUUUACUGGCAGGAGCAGCGGUUGCCAGAGCAAAUGGCAUUUGGUUAAACACGGUACAAGAUAUUAUUUUUAUCUUCUGACCAAGAUAAAGAACUUAGUCAUAUGUUUCAGAACAUGCGCUUGUCUAACAAAUCUGUUGGAUAUGUCGGUAGAAGUUCUUAAGUUGGCAUCCAGAAUUAUGGGAUUGUCUUCGGUAGCAAGAUGAGCCUUAUGGUUAAGGUCGUGGACGGGCGGAUUCUGCUUCCAAAUCGGUCCUUUUGUGAGCUUCCACUAGAAAAACAAUUAUUUGAGGCUCCUUUAGAAGAAAUUAAGCAAAUGUCAGAAAACCAAAAGGGCACUUCCUCAAGAUAAGUUCUCCUGGAGAUCAGGUUACCGGAAUUACCAGUAUAAAUACAGGAGAUCAUAUCAAGAGAGACUGCAUUUCUUUCAAAGAAGGGAUACAAAUCAAAGAUUUGAACAAAGAGGUGAUGUUAAAAGAACCUUCAGAGAUAAAGAUAGACGUUUCUGACGCCAGAAGUGUGGGAGGAAGACUCCAACAGAGUUCUAAAUCUUAUCCAGCACGGACACAAGAUUAUAUUUACGGAGAAACCAAGAGCAAAACUUCUGGUAUCAACUUACCAGUCUUCAAAAAGAUCACAAGCCCUAUUUUCUCAGACCAUGCUUCUUUUGCAAAAAAGGUUGAUGGAAAGAGUACCAGUAAAACAAAGAUUUCAGGGAGUUUAUUCAAGAUUAUUCCUGGUUUCAAAACCAGACCACUCUUUUCGUCCCAUUCUGGAUUUAAAGAACCUCAACCAGUUUAUCCCUUAUCAAAGAUUUUGCAUGGAGUCAAUCGCUUCUAUUUUGUCCUCUGUUACAAAGAGGCGACUUUAUGGUAAAAAUAGACUUGAAGGAUGCUUAUCUGCAUGUUCCGAUUGCUACCUCUUCAAGAAAAUUUCUAAGAUUUGCGAUAAGAGGAGGAUCCACUAUUUAUUUCCAGUUCAGGGCUAUGCGGUUUGGUCUGUCAUCCGCCCCAAGGAUAUUUGCAAAAAUCUUGACUCCUCUGACAGCUCAUUUGAGGGAAUUGGGAAUAUCGAUUAUCCCAUAACAGAAGAACAGCUGCUCAGGGACCUGCAGGUCUCUAUCAGAUUUCUUCAAAACCACAGCUGGAUCUUAAACCUAAAGAAGUCAGUUCUUAGACUCUAAGGUUUUUUCUUUUUCUAAACACCUUAGACACACCCAGGUAAUCCCCUGGUAGGGGGUCCUGAGGACUGGGUUGAGAACCCCUGCGUUACAAGCUGUGGUGGCUUAGAGGUCCCGCCCAGAUGGGGAUCUUGCUAUAUCCCUGUAGUACUGCCACCCUAUGACAGAAAAAAACUGAUAUUUUUACUUACCGUAAAUUUUUUUUUUUCUUCUUAAUAUGGUGGCAGUACGGCUUCCCUCCCUCUUUAUUAAAGAAUUUUUUUGCAGUAUAUUUUUGUAUGUUUCUUUCUCUUGUCACAUACUGGGGUAGGUUUUGAGGUAUGGCAUUUUAUGGGUCAAGGAGGUGGAUCUUUUUGAUCACUAAUUAUUUGUUAGAUGUCUUGUCCACAGGGAGGAGCAAAACCCAGUAGUACUGCCACCAUAUUAAGAAAAAAAGAAUUUACGGUAAAUAAAAAUUUCUGUUUUCCUGACACAUGGUGGCUGUACAAUAGGGAUGUACUCUUCCCUCGGGACAAGCAUCUGAAAUAAACAUAAAAAGUUCCUCCCCUUACCAGGUAUAAGAGACCAAACCAGCCCUGGGACUUCAGUUCUCUUUCUUGUUCAAUCCGGAACGGACGGCAUCUGGAAUGAGCUGGUGAGGCACAUGGGUUGCUGCCAGGGGGAUCCGGUCUGAUAGCCUCCAGGGUGGAGAGCUGAAUGGCCAGCAAGCAUCCUGCAGAAUUACUGAGCAGGUAUGGUAAGCCUGCUUUAUGCUGUGUUCAGUCACCGGCGAAGCAGGGAGGCGGUCUCUAGUGGCAGCAAAUCACUGCCCAUUGGAGAUGCAUGCGCACGGUGGUGGAACGCGUGCCCGGAUGGUUAUGCGUUCCACCGGAGUUCCGACUGCGCUAUGCGCAUGUGCGGUCUGAACUCCCCGAAAUGGCGCCAGAUUUUAAACGGAUCUGCCUAUUUAUGCUGUGCAGAUCUUACUGUCAGCAUGGAGCUUGACAGUGAAGGUCUCGCGUGUCACCAGCCCCCUCACACGGGUGAGAGGUUUUAGAGGUAAAGAUUCUUUAGGUCUCUACUUUAAAACUCUCUAUUUUUAUUGUUUCUACAAAUAUGGUUUAUUUGCUUAUGUAUUGCAGAUAUGUCUAGUCCUGUCGCUACUGAUAAUAUGGAUAAAGACAAAGUGCCUGCACCUGCUUCUAAAAAAGCCAGUUCCAAAGCUAAACCUCUCUGUUGUAGUGAAUGCUCCACUCCUUUACCAGAUGGUUUUAAAAGGAAAGUCUGUAAUAUUUGCUCCUCUUUGACGCUAGAAUAAUCCAAGCAACAAGAGAUGAAAUCUCUUUUGUCUUUGUUUCAGGAUAAUCUGGCCCAGUCUUUUGAGUCUUUUAAAGCGCUAAAAGGAAGAGAACACAGUCUAGUUCAGAACUAUCCUCUGGUGAAUGUUCUUUUUUUCUUAUUCAGAAUCCUCUAGCGACUCUUCUGUUACUGAGGUUGGUUUUCCUCAUCAUGAAUUGAGAAAAUUUUAUUAAAGAGGUUAAUGUUAUCCUUUCUGAUGACACGGUAGACAAAUCCAAGGGUAAAGCACUUCCAGUCCAACAAAAAAUGCUGGAUUUGAUAUUUAGAGAAUGGAAGAACCCUGAGAGGAGGGCUUUUGUUUCCAGACAUUUUAGAAGUAUUGUUAAAAUAGAAGAAGAUAAAUGGCAAGAAUUGCCGGUAGUUGAUGUACAAGUGGCUCAAUUGUCUAAAAAAACUACCAUACCUAUUGGUGAAGUUUCUGGUCUGAAAGACCCUAUGGAUAAGAGGGCUGAAACUUCCAGAAGAAGGGCUUAUCAGGCUGCAGGUUUUCAGGCUAAAGCAGCAUUAGUCGGGGCUUCAGUGGUGAGAGUUUAGAAUCUUUGGCUUAACACUUUGGAAGAUGGCCUGGGUGAUAACUAAGACAAAGGCCUUUCCCUCCUGUUCCAAAAUUUAAGGUUGUCUGAGUACCUUAUGGAUAUUAUCACGGAGGUGAUUAAGCUUUCUGCUCAUGUCAUGGGUUUGUCAUCUGUGGCCCAAAGCCUGGACCGCAGACACUGCAUCAAAAUCUGCAUUAUGUGAACUGCCGUUGGAAAAGAAAAAGUUGUUUUGGUUCUCCUUUUAGAAGAGUUAAUCUGACAGAUGUCAGCAACCAAGAAGGCCCUGCCUCAAGACAGCAAAUAUGCUUGGAAACCCAGGUAUAGAAACUUCCAGUUCAAAAACCGUAGGAGCUUUCAAGAAAAACCCACUUUUUUUUUUUGUCAACAAAGGAAAUAUCCAAGAUUUGACACACAAAAAGACCCUAUGUCUGACAGAAACAAACGUUUCUGACUCCAUCAGAGUGGGCAGAAGGUUGCAAGGUUUUGUUCACAGAUGGAGGGAGACCACUACAAAUCCAUGGAUUCUCAAUCUGGUGCAAAAUGGAUACUGAAUAAAAUUCUUAGAUGUUCCAAGACCGUGUUUCCUUGUCUCAUCCUACCGCUCGAAGUUAAAAAACCAAGCCCUUUUUUCUGCCACAAUCUCCCUAUUAAGAAAAGGUGUGGUAGAAAGGAUUCCAACUUCCCAAGUAUAUCAAGGGGUAUACUCCAGGUUGUUCCUAGUCCCAAAACCGGACAUGUCUUUUCGUCCACUCUUGGAUCUAAAAACCUGAACAAACACCUUCCUUACCAACAUUUCAGAAUGGAGACUAUAGUGUCUGUCACUCAUAUCCUUCGAAAAGGAGAUUUCAUGGCAACUUUGGAUCUAAAGGAUGCCUACCUGCAUAUUCCUAUGGAUGUGAAAUCAAGAAAAUACCUGAGGUUUGCUAUAAGGAAAGGGGAAAAAUGUCCAUUUCCAAUUCAGAGCCCUUCCAUUCGGGCUAGCUUCAGCACCCAGGAUUUUUACAAAGGUCAUCACACCUGUCACAGCUUUUUUGAGGAUACAAGGAAUCACAGUAGUACCUUACUUGGACGAUUAAUAAAGGCAGAUUCAAGAGGCGCUCUAGAAUCCGAAGAACAUGGUUGGAUUAUCAACCUAGAAAAAUCACACCUUACCCCUACAAGGUCUAUCCUGUUUCUAGGGUUUUUGAUCAAGUCAGAUACUGUCAGUUCAUCUGACAAGAGAAAUGAUAAAGAUAUUUUUAAUUAAAAAAAAAAGUUUGGUGAAAGCCAUGCAGGUUUUAGGUCAUCUGACCUCUACAAUCCCGGCAGUAAAAUGGGCCAGAGCAGAAUAAAGGCCCUUACAGUGGGAAAUUCUUGUCCAAUGGUCAAAGAAGGAAGAAGACUUGGAUGCAUUAAUUAGUGUAUCCGAUCAUACAAAAGGGAAAAACUCUCUUGGUGGCUAGAGGAAAAAUUCAUUACAGAAGGCAUGUCUUUUCAAAAAUCUGUAGAUCGUGAUUUCUACAGACGCUUCAAAUACAGGUGGGGAGCUCACCUCUUGUAUCACUUAAGACAAGGUGUUUGGUCAAAAAAGGAAACCAAGGAAUCUUCAAAUUUCAAGGUGUUGUUGGCAGUACUCUACGCUUUUCAGCAGUUCAAGGAUUUCAUUGUAGGAAAAGCUGUAAAAAUGAACAAAAAAGGCGGUACAGGAGUAAAAAAUUGUAUUUCCUUUGCUCACGGAUUAUGUCCUGGGCUCAAUGUCAUCUAGACGUAAUUUCCGCCAUUCACAUUCAAGGGGUAGACAACGUGGUAGCGGACGAUUUAAGCAGAUCAUAAAAUGGUCCCAGAACGAGUGGUCUCUCAAUCCAGAAAUUUUCGCUCAUCUGGUGAAGAGAUUCGGUUUUCCAGUCAUAAACCUUAUGGCAAGAAGAUCAAAUGCAAAAGUAAGAUGGUAAUGGAUGGUCUUUUGAUCCGGUGGGAGUUUCCCCCUUGCUUGGUUUUUUUGUUUUUUUGUUUUUCUCAGUAAGCCUUGUCCCAAGGAUUCUGCAAAAGGUAACAUCAGAUCAAGCUCAUAUUCUGGCCAUAAUACCGUACAGGCCAAACCGCAACUGGUUCUCGGUUUUAAAGAAGAUGGCUUUAAAGUACUGGAUUCUCCCGGUAACACCGGAUCUUCUGCAAAACGAGGGAAUUCCAGUAGGAGUAUUGAACAUGUUCAGGUUGACCGCUUGGCUGCUGCACAGCUAGUUCUGCAUAAUAGGGGCAUUAAAGAAUAGGUUUCAGUUACUGUUAAAUUCUACCAGAAGCUCUACUUCUUCUAUCUACUUAAAAAUUUGGAUGAGAUUUCUGAACUGGUGCAUAUCUCAUCGUUGCAUAGGAUCUUCUCCUUCUACUGAUACUAUCCUUCCCUUUUUUUUUUUUUUUUUUUUGCAAGAUGGUCUUAAAAUAUAUAUAUAUAUAUAUAUAUAUAUAUAUAUAUAUUAUCUAUAUCUCUAUAUAUAUAUAUAUCUCUAUAUCUAUCGCAAUCUAAACUGGUUACUAUAGAUACAAAUUACCACAAGUACUUAUUCUGAGAUUUUAUUUAAUCACUAUGGUACAAAGCACAAAAGAACUCUAUUAUACAAGAGUGGUCAAUACAAGCAGUUAUAUACAGUUGCAAGAAGUGUGUGUGAACCCUUUUGGAAUUAUAUGGAUUUCUGCACAAAUUGGUCAUAAAAUGUGAUCUGAUCAUCAUCUAAGUCACAACAAUAUACAAUCACAGUAUGCUUAAACUAAUAACACACAAAGAAUGAAAUGUUGCCAUGUUUUUAUUGAACACACCAUGUAAACAUUCACAGUGCAGGUGGAAAAAGUAUUUGAACCCCUAGACUAAUGGCAUCUCCAAGAGGUAAUUGGAGUGAGAUGUCAGCCGAUUGGAGGUGUUGGUUACAGCUACCCUGCCCUAUUAAAAAAAAAAUAAAACACAAAAAAACACACACACACACACAAGUUCUGGGUUUGCUUUUACACAAGAAGCAUUGCCUGAUGUGAAUGAUGCCUCGCACAAAAGUGCUCUCAGAAGACCUAGGAUUAAGAAUUGUUGCCUUGCAUAAAGCUGGAAAGGGUUAUAAAAGUAUCUCCAAAAGCCUUGCUGUUAAUCAGUCCACGGUGAGACAAAUUGUCUAUAAAAGGAGAAAGUUCAGCACUGCUGCUACUCUUCCUAGGAGUGGCCGUCCUGUAAAGAUGACUGCAAGAGCACAGCGCAGACUGCUCAAUGAGGUGAAGAAGAAUCCUAGUGUCAGCUAAAGACUUCCAAAAGUCACUGGCAAAUGCUAACAUCCCUGUUAGCGAAUCUACAAUAUGUAAAACACUAAACAAGAAUGGAUUUCAUGGGAGGAUACUCCAGAGGAAGCCACUGCUGUCCAAACAAAACAUUGCUGCACGUUUACAGUUUGCACAAGAGCACCUGGAUGUUCCAUAGCAGUACUGGCAAAAUAUUCUAUGGACAGAUGAAACCAAUGUUGAGUUGUUUGGAAGAAACACACAACACUAUGUGGGGGGAAAAAAAAGGCACAGCACACCAAAUCAAACCUCAUCCCAACUGUGAAGUAUGGUGGUGGGGGCAUCAUGGUUUGGGGCAGCUUUGCUGCGUCAGGGCCUGGACGGAUUGCUAUCAUCGAAGGAAAAAUGAAUUCCCAAGUUUAUCAAGACAUUUUGCAGGAGAACUUAAGGUCAUCUGUCUACCAGCUGAAGCUCAACAGAAGAUGGGUGUUGCAACAGGACAACGACCCAAAGCAUAAAAGUAAACAGAAUGGCUUAAACAGAAGAAAAAUACACCUUCUGAAGUGGCCCAGUCAGAGUCCUGACCUUAACCCGAUUUGAGAUGCUGUGGCAUGACCUCAAGAAAGCGAUUCACACCAGACAUCCCAAGAAUAUUGCUGGACUGAAACAGUUUUGUAAAGAGGAAUGGUCAAGAAUUACUCCUGACCAUUGUGCACGUCUGAUCUGCAACUACAGGAAACGUUUGGUUGAAGUUAUUGCUGCCAAAGGAGGUUCAACCAGUUAUUAAAUCCAAGGGUUCACAUACUUUUUUUUUUUUCCACCUGCACUGUGAAUGUUUACAUGGUGUGUUCAAUAAAAACAUGGCAACAUUUCAUUCUUUGUGUGUUAUUAGUUUAAGCAGACUGUGAUUGUCUAUGGUUGUGACUUAGAUGAUGAUCAGAUCACAUUUUAUGACCAAUUUGUGCAGAAAUCUAUAUAAUUCCAAAGGGUUCACAUACUUUUUCUUGCAACUGUAUAUCACAGCCACCUUGACUUCGAGGGGCAUCGAAGGGACUGCCGGUCUGUGGGGUGCUCAGGUUGUGCGCUCGGGACCAGAUAGAGACCCCACGCCUAGGUUGAAAACCUCACAGCUACUUCCUACAAGAGGACGAAUGGUUCCAAGUAUACAGCCUGCAGGGCACAGAGAGGAGUCUUUCCUUUGACUAGUGAUUGGAUACACUUCAGAACCAUAACACUUCAACCUUUAAAGGACUAACACUGACCAGCAUAUUGGUGAGAUCUUUCCACACUUCAAUAGGACAUUGAGUAAUAUCUUUUUGGUGUGUACACAUUAGGACGUUUUUAUAUCAUUGGUCUCCUCCUGGUUAGGAAGCAAUUUGAUCCUGAGUCUACAGUGGGCUAUCAGCCAUAUAGUGCAAUUAAGCACCAAAACUACUGACACUGUCAAAAUAAUUCUUUUUUGGGGAUUUGUUUAGCUAUAUUUGGUGUGUCUAGGAUAAUUACAGUGCUCAGGCUGCGCGCUCGGCACCCGAUAGUCCCUUCGAUGGACCUCGAAGUCAAGGUGGCUGUGAUAUAGAUAUCUAUCUUUCUCUCUAUUGCUUGAAUUGACCACUCUUAUGUAAUAGUUCUUUUGUGCUAUCUAGCAUAGUGAUUAAAUAAAAUCUCAGAAUAAGUACUUGUGGUAAUUUGUAUCUAUACUAACCAGUUUAGAGUGCGGUAUCAUAUGUUUGUAUAUAUGUAUCUCUGGUAUUCGGAGUGGGCUACCUGGAUACCAGCACCUAUUUUGAGUAGCAGAGUGCCUGUACACAGCUCUGAUUUUUAUUUUUUAAAGCUGUAAGACUCGUAAAUCCUCCUAAGAAAAUCUGUUUUCCCUCUUGGGAUUUGUCUUUAGUUUUGAGAUCUGUGUACUCAGCCUUUCGAGCCUUUAGAAGAAGCUUCAUUUAAGAAUAUGUCCCUGAAGACCGUGUUUUUUGUGGCCAUUAUUUCGGCUAAGAGAAUAGGGGAACUCCAGGCCCUUUCUUCCUCUCCUGACUUUACAAAAUUUCUUCUGAAUAAAGUGGUUAUGUACCCUUCUUCUGAAAGUCAUCUCCUCCAAGGUUAUCAACCAACCUAUUUUUCUUCCUUCCUUUUAAUGGUCAAUCAAUGCCAGAUUGGGAAUUUGAUUGGAGCCAACUAGAUGUUGGUAGGUCUCUGAAAAUCUACUUGGACCGCUCCUCUCUGUAUAGGAUGACUGAUCAUCUAUUCGUGAAUUUCUUUGGAAAAUUUUAAAGGCCAAGUUGCCUCCAAGAACACUUGGGCAAGAUGGCUGGUGGAUACUAUUAAAUUGGCUUAUUCUACUUUGAAUCUAAAUCUGCCUGCCUCCUUAAAAGCACAUUCUACUAGAGCCAUGGCUGCCUCUUGGGCCGAAAAAGCGUGUGACUCUCCGGAAGAUAUAAACAAGGCGGCUACCUGGUCUUCUUUCAACACUUUUUUGUCAAACAUUACAGGCUAGACGUAUUCUCUGACGCUGAUUUUGGGCACAAGGUGUUACAAGCUGUUAUUGCCUAAAUUCUCACCCUUAGUCUGGGAUCUCGAUAUAUACCUAUUGUACUGCCACCAUAUGUCAGGAAAAACUGUAAUUUUACUCACCGUAAAUUCCUUUUUUCCUUAAUAUGGUGGCAGUACAUCAAUCCUUCUGUGUGUGUGUGUGUAUAUAUGUGUAUAUGUGUAUGUAUAUAUGUAUGUAUAUAUAUGUGUGUGUGUGUGUGUGUGUGUGUAUAUAUAUAUAUAUAUAUAUUUUUUUUUGGGUGUUCUAUGGAUUCACUGAAGUGUUCUUGGUACGUACUCCGGUCCCAGGGCUGGUGUGGUCUCUUAUACCUGGUAAGGGGAGGAAAUUUUUUUGUUAAUUAUUUCAGAUGCUUGUCCUGAGGGAAGAGUACAUCCCUAUUGUACUGCCACCAUAUUAAGAAAAAAGGCAUUUACGGUGAGUAAAAAUUAUUAUUAUUUUUUUUUUUUUUUUUAUUGUAUUACUUAUAUUGUUUUAGGUUAUGUAUGGCUCACUUGUAUCUAGUUCUGUCACAAUUUAUUGUGCUUUAAAGUGAACCUGUUGUGGCACGUUAACAUUGAUCAGCUUUGAAUGCAAUGAAUACAUAAUUGUCAGAACGAUUAUAUAAAAUGGCUUUAUGUAUCUCAUCUGAAUGAUCUGUAACUCUAUCACCAUACUUCUCUAGCAAGAACAAGGCACGCUUGCUUGAAAAAGCAAUCCUCGCAGGUACAAUGUGUGCAAUGUAGUUGCUGUGAUUGAGGAAGAGCAUAAUCGUUAGUAAGCUCUUUUGUUCCUCUUGUCACUCAGUCCAUGGUAUAGGCCUCAGUGUUGAGCAUUGUUUUUUAUUUUAUAUUUAUUUUUUUUUCUCCUGAAACGUUUUUGUAAUCUAUAAAGUUCCUAGCACAGUUUAUACAUGCAUUAUCUUUAUGUGAUGUUAAUUUUCCAGCUAAAAGUUGGUUGCGAUGAUUAUCUAAAGUUAAUUUUAUAGAAGGAUAAAGACUAAUUUUUGAGCUGCCUUGAAUCUUGCACGAAUAUCCUGAUCAGUUGUAUGUGGCGUAAAUGUUACUGGAGGUGUGUGGGACACUAGGCACUAAAACAUUAGCUAAUGAAGCCAUUUUUGUGUAUAGAUCAUGCCCCUGCAGUCGCACUGUUUAGGCACAGGAGGGAGAGGGACUAUGGAGGGUUUAGGAGGUGAGACAAUAAAAGGCACAGGAGGGCUGGGUGGCACAAAAACAUAUGGGGGUCGAGGGGGAGAAAGAUGCACAAAGGGGCUGGAGGAGAGAGAAAGAUGCACAUGAGAGAAAAUACAGCAAAGGGGGGGGCAAUCCAUAAAAAGAUGGGAUAUAAAACAUAAAGGGGGUAAUUUAGUCAAAAGGUGGGUUAGAAGAGACACAGGUUUUGUUUUUGGUUUUUUUGCUCGUGGGGAGGGGGUGGCAAAAUGCAUCUUCGUCAAAAAUCGUUGCCCUGGCUGGUUGUAAAGUAUGUGUGGUUGCUGAAGGUUUUUCUUUUAAUCCCUUUCCAAGCCUACUGCACACUUCUGUGUGAUGGUACUGCCUGAGUUAAUGUGGUGGUUUUUUUUUUUUUUUUCUUUUCAGAAAUCACAUGUGAUGCUGAUAAACCAGUAGUACCUACACCAACUCCGCCUGCACCAACUCCGAAACCAGUGGAUAAACCAUCAGUUGGUAAUUAUGUUGUUUCUGACGACACUGGGAAAUGUCUCCUGGCUUCUCUGGCUCUGCAGGUCAACGCGUCCCUGACCAUAGAAGGCAAGGUAAGUUUUGUCAAUAUUUUGGAAUAUUCCAUGUUUGUUCAGGUCAAAGACUUGUUAUGUGAAAAGGGAGCAAGAGUUACCGGUCACCCCCACCCCCUUUCGAUGAACUUUUAAUGUUCCACCAUGUGAUUAAAAUCUAGUCCUAACAGUGUUUUUUGAGAAAUGCUAAUAAAGUUUCGAAGCAUGUAUUAACUAAAGAACUAGCUCCAUGCAUAGUGUACAUUUGGACAAUAGCAAAUAUUAAGCACAAGUUUAGUGGUCAGUUUCUAUCAACAGCCAUUCAUUCCUCCUUAAUGGGUCACUCUGUGCACCCAAAAACGUUGUCCCCUUUGUGCCUCCCUGAUUAAUGUCCAAGUAAACCUGGACAUUACACCUUACACCAGAGCUUACGCCAUGUCUGUUACUUCUCAUUAAGAAAAGGAGUGAAUAGGGUACAUAUCUUUUUAGCUGCUUCUAAAAUGUCAUGAAGCUCAAGUAGCAGGUGGCCAAAAAAAACCAAAACCCUGAGGCUCUUUUGUCAUAAGAUUCCCUCCUUUAUGGGCUUUUCAAACCUAAACCAAAACAAGAUCGAUUGUAGCUUGACUAGAGAAUUGGUCUAAAAUGUUAGUCUCUUUGAAUUCCUGACAAGUCUUAAGUUUUUAUUUUUUUUUCUUAUCAAAGUGGUAUUUUUGUUUUUUAAUUAUUUGCUUUUCCCCCCUCCUCUGUAGAAUGUAUCGGUGUUGUAUAACUUGAACCCAAACACUACAAGCAGCACUGGAACCUGUGGUAACGAUACUGCUACUCUAAGACUCAACGAUACCAAGGUCGCAAUUGAAUUUGAUUUUGCAAUUGUGAGUAACUACAAUUGGUCCAACUCUUUGUAGAAUAUGUUUUUUAUAUUAUUGGUUAUUUGGGCUGCUGAAUAAAACAUUUAGCAUACAAAAAAGUGCACAUAUUCUUGACUUGUAUACUAAACUGUACUUUAAAAGGAAUCCAGGACACCCUAACUGGCUCCCUUUUUUUUUUUUUUGCAUACGUUAUGGUACAAAUCGCCCUGUCUUCCUUUAUCAACUUAAUAUAUAUAGUCAGUGACCUCUUUAAAGGAACUCUUUUUAAGCACAGCAACCCUAAAGGUUUUUGAAAGGAGCACCCUGGCUCCCUCAGAGUAUGUAGUCAAUAGUUUGAAUGGUUUAACAACUUAUCUCUGGUACAGCAAAUGUGCUGCUGGACCACUUUGUCAAUGAGCCAGCAGAUCAGUAGAACUAAUGGAAGCUACUUGCUCCCUCUGGUAGCAGUGGAGUUGGGGACCCAGGUAAGUUGAGCAGUUUGACUGCUUACUCUAGGAGGGUGCCAGGACACUCAUGGCACUAUAAACACAACAUUGGGUUGUAGAGGUUAUGGCUCUUGUAAUGUUCCAUUUAAUCUAGGCAACGGAAUUAACGAUCAAAAAUGAACAGCAAGAUGCAUGGGUGUUAUUCUCUUUGUAAAAGGCAGGCUAAAAUGUAUAACGCACAUGGUCUCCAGAAUUCUAUUAAUAUUUCAACAUCCGAUAACUUUAGUGAUUGUUGUCAUCCAGUUUUGUUUAAGUGUUCUCUUGUAUGGUUUCAACAGAAAAAGAACAAUUUUUAUCUGCAAGAAGUUAAUCUCACGCUGGAAAAUGAGUUUGGUGAGUUUCAUGUUGUGUUCAUGCAGUGAUAAUCCUUGAUUAUAUGCUAACAGACACUAGCAGUGUGUAUGUAUUAAAAAUACAUUUUUAUAGAGAUCCAAAAUCAAAUCAAUGCUGCUGCACUUCUGGAGCAAAAUACCCAUUUAGAGUGCUUUAAAUAUUGCACCCAAUAUCGCCAGAGGUACUUGCCACGUGCUGCACUCCAGCCAAAGGAUAUCUGACCAUUACGAGCGUGCUCACUGGACUUGGAAAUUCAGAAAGUUAAUUUUUAAAAUAAAAUUUAUUUUAUUUACAAAAAAGCACAUAUACAGGGCAUUGUUUCAGUUGUAGUGUGGGUAUUACAAUCCACUGUUGUAUAUUUGAUAAGUCAUAGCUCACCUUUUAAGGUGCAAAUAGAGCAUUUUGAAAAAAUAUGGUGGUUGGGCACAAUGGUACAAUACACAUCUCCUGGAGUGUCACUUGUUGCAGAUCCGUUAAGCUAAAUGCGACGGUCUCCUUCUGGGAUCAGUGGCCUGAGUAAUGUGGUGGUUGGUUUAUUUAUUCCUUUUUCUGGCUCUUCAUUUGCCAUGAGCAGACAUCAGCAUUCUACUCUCCUGCGUGCCAGGGCACAAAACUGAUAUCUAUGGUGGAUGCCACAAGAUUCUUUGUCAUUCUAAUGGUGUAGGAACCUCAAUAGACAGCCAUUUAAUUUUCUCUUCAGCUGUCACUAGUGACGGCUGAGGGCUUUACAGCAAUCGUUUGACCCCUUUGUCAAGAGUAGGAAAAAAUGUAAGGCAAAGUAGUCCAUAGCUUUAAUUUUAAAAAAAUAAAUAAAUUAAAAAAUGUUUACUGCAUGGUACAAUAUGUUUCGGCUUUUGAUGGCUUUGCGUAUUGUUUCAGGAGCAUUGUCAGGAGCGAUACAAAAUCAGAGUUUCUGGGAGGCUUCUGUAGGAAGUUCAUAUUUGUGCCACAAAGAGCAGGUUAUUUCCGUGUCGGGAAACCUGCAUAUUAACAUGUUUGAUGUGAGGGUCCAGCCUUUUGGAGUACAUAAUGGAACAUAUGCAACAGGUAAGACUUAUUCUGCUUCGUGUACUACUUAUUCAACUCUUAUGCAGCCAGCAAUCUCUAUACAGCAUUUAUUUUGCUUGUAACUUCAAAAUGGCGUGAGUUCAUCUGCUGUACUUGACCACAUCUGUCAGAGUAACAACCACUCUGGCAGGGCGCCCAAUAGGUAGAUCCCCAGAUGUUGUAGAACUACAGCUUCCUUGAUGCCUUGUCAUUUUAAAGCAUCAUGGGAGUUGUAGUUCUAAAAUAUCUGGGGAUCUACCGAUUGUGCAGCCUUGCACUAGAGACAUUAAACCCUUAAAUGCAAACAAUGUUUUAUACUUUAGGGUUAAACGAGCGGUACAUGGCACCCAGAACACAUCACUGAGAUGAGGGGAUUUGGGUGCCAGUAGUGCCCCUUUAAAUGACCUGUGUAAAGCAAGUCUUUACAUCUGUUACAAGAGCACAUAACAGCUGAUUGUUACUUACACUGUCCCAACUAUAGGGAGUUGGCAAUGUAUUCCUCUUAAAAUGUCCAAAAUAUUAAUCAGAAAUCACAGCUUAAGAAUCGGUAAAUGACUUCAUACAUUUGAAGAAGUUAUUUAAAUGUGUUCAAAUUCUUUGUAGAGAUUUCAUUAUUUUUGAAAUUAUUUUUUUUUCUUUUUAAAUUUUUUAUUCCUUCAUCGUAUUUUUAUUUAUUUUUAUAUAUAUAUAUUUUUUUUUAUUUGUCUUCACCUACAGCUGAUGAAUGCUCACUCGACGGUGACUCCCUUCUAAUUCCAAUCGUAGUUGGUGCUGCACUUGCAGGCUUAAUUGUCAUUAUUGUGAUUGCAUACUUAAUUGGUAGAAGAAAAAGCUAUGCUGGAUAUCAAACACUAUAAUGGGCCUCCAUUUUGAACUAAUUUGCACUUUUUAUUUAAAAUCUAUUUUUUUUUUUUCUUGAAAUUUCAUCAGUUCAUUCUUUUGUGUGUUUUUAUGUUUAGUCUGUCAUUUUCCAUUGUUCUGGAAGCUUAAAUAAAGGGGGAGGGGGGAUAAAACUGCCCACAAGACUGUUAUGUGACCAAAUGGUAAAAUACUAAUAUACUGGUGAUCUUUAAUCCUUGGUUUUAGUCUUUUUCAUUUUGUUAACUUUUAGUAAUUUCUUUCAACACCAAUGCUGCUAGAGUUCUGACAUAUUAAAGGGAAUGGACACUUAAUUGCUGCCACCAUCAGAUAUUUUGCACAGACUUCUCAGCUACCUAAAAUGUAAGGGAGUGUAACUGCAACUCUGUCAGGACAAGCAAAAUCUGCUAGGGCUACACUAAAGCUUUUAGAUCAGGGGUGUCCAAAAGGUAGAUUAUGUCCCUCUCCCUCCAGAUGUGUUUAAAACUAUAGCUUCAAUGAUGCUUGGCCAUGCUAAAGGCAUGCAAAGACUCAUGGGAGUUGCAGUUCUAAAACCUCUACCUUUUGGGCAACCCAGUUAUAAAUAACUUGGAACUUGAAUACCGCAAGUAUUGCUUCUGAUGUCGUCAUGAUGGCAUUUGCAGUGACUGUUUGUGUACAUGCAGUGUAAACCGUAUUUUGCCAUAUAGAGUACAGUUAUUAAAAUUUAUCACUUGUAAAGGAAUUUUUAAUAUCAACUUUUCCUAGUAAAGUGGUUGCUGCACAUUCACUUUUGUACAAAGGGCUAAUAUUGCUACUGUUGCAAUCUGGGUUUUGAAAGCUUGGACUGAAGGUUAGUUUUGAUUGGCAUAUCACACUCCAUACACUGAAACCCGUACUACCCUUCCAUAUUGAUUUGCUAGCUACACCACUUUAAAGCAGUAUAGUCUGGUAUGUGUCUUAAUCCAGUGAUAACUUUACCUUGGACUUUGUAUAAUUUAGAUAUCACCAGUAAAGCAAUACAAAGCCUGCUUGAGUAGAUCCUCUAGCAUACAGUGCCCGUCUGAUAGUUUUAAAGGUUUUCUUGCUUUGUGAAUGUGCAUUAGCCACGUGAAUGCCAGGAAAGCAUGUUGUGGCACUCUGUAGUUUUAAGACUACUGGGCAAAUUUCUAACCAUGUAUUUUGAAAAUUUUGCACGAAUAUGAAAGUGGGCAAGGUGUUUAACACAGUGAAUGCUUGUUGAGGGGGUAGAAAACUAAAAUCCAUUGUUUACCCUCAUAUUUAAAUCUUUUUGGUUUUGUAUGUUUUCUUUUUGUGGACUAAUUAAACAUUCAAGUGUCUUUAUCAAAUUAUCUUAAAAUAAAUCAAUUGGAACCAAAUAUGGCGUCCUGUUUUAUCCAAUUCCAGGUUUCUUUUUCUACCCUCUUGUUUCUCACAAACCCAAAAUUAAAGGGAUACUAUAGUCCCCUUAACAACUUUAGCUUAAUGAAGCAGUUUUGGUGUAUAGAACAUGCCCCUGCAGCCUCACUGCUCAAUUCUCUGCCAUUUAGGAGUUAAAUCCCUUUGUUUAUGAACCCCAGUCACACCUCCCUGCAUGUGAUUUGCACAGCCCUCCAUAAACACUUCCUGUAAAGAGAGCCCUAUUUAGGCUUUCUUUAUUGCAAGUUCUGUUUAAUUAUGAUUUUCUUAUCCCCUGCUAUGUUAAUAGCUUGCUAGACCCUGCAAUAGCUUCCUGUAUGUGAUUAAAGUUCAAUUUAGAGAUUGAGAUACAAUUAUUUAAGGUAAAUUACAUGUGUUUGAAAGUGAAACCAUUUUUUUUUUUUUUUUCAUGCAGACUUUGUUUCUGCCCUUGCCACACCUCCCCUGGCUAUGAUUGACAAAGUGAUUUAACUCCUAAAUGACAGUGAAUUGAGCAGGGGAAUGAUCUAUACACUAAAACUGUUUUAUUAAGAUAAAGUAAUUUAGGUGACUAUAGUGUUCCUUUUAAGCUAAAAUUCUACAUUUUAGAAACUGAUGGAAAUUAACAAAAAGAAAACACUGCGCUACUUGCGUCUUUAGCUUUCGUCUGCACUCUUACAGAAAUCUGCUUAUUUUGUUUGAAAAACCUGUUUGUGGCUUUUUUUUUUUGUGUCUCCAUUUGUCAGGUUGGUGUUCUGUUUGACUUAGACCUCCCCUUUACCUCCUCAUGUCCAGUCGAUUGCCAAAUCCUGCCACUUCUAUCUCAAAUACAUAGCAUGUAUCCACCCCUAUUUAAUUCUGGACGCGGCUAAUGUGCUGGUCCAUGCCGUUGUCCUCUCUUGCCUUGACUACGGCAGACCACUUCUCAGUGGUUUUACGUGGCCUCAACUUGCCCCGUUAUAGUCUAUAAUGAAUGUGGCAGCAAGGCUCAUUUUCCUUUCUGUCCGCACCUUUCACUCCUCUGUUAGUCCUUACAUUGGCUUCAUAUAGGAUUAAAUGUAAGAUUCUGGUACUUGUUUACAAGUGUCUACAUAAUGCUGCUCCAAUCUAUCUGUCCUCACUAAUAUAAGUGUUCAAUGUAAGUCCCUACACUCUGCUGAAGACCUACUUCUAUCCACUGUCUGCACUACCACCUCUGCUUGCCUUCAAAGCUUCUCUAGAGCUGCACCUUUCCUGUGGAACUCCAUUCCCUUCUCUGGUAGACUUUCACCCAGUCUCUAUUCCUUUAUAAUAACAAAGAAAGAUAUUGAAAAUUCACUUCUUCAGGAAAGCGUAUCAAUUAAACUGUUAACAUCUUUUGUUUGCUGCAGCCUGAUUCCUCUGUCAACAAAAAAUAAUUCACUAAGCCCUCCGUGGAUACUAUUCUAGCAACCUACUCUUCUACCCUUAUCUAUUGUGUCCCUUUACCCCACUCCCUCUAACAUGUAAAUUCAUUGAGCAGGACCCUCAACUCCUCGUUUGGUUACAUAUGUGUCUAUUAGUCCACCCACUGGGCAGUACUGUGGGAUUUGUUGGUAGAUUAUAAAGCGUCAAAAUAUUAAAACUGGCGACUGGCCAAUUUGCACAACUGGCAAAGCCAAAUGCAGUCACGAGUCGGUCCGACUGACUUUGUAAAAUUUUGCUUGGAUGCAUUUGGAAAAUCAGUAAUCUGCUAAUCAAACCAAUUCCAAUGAUAAUGGAGGUUCCCACCCUCUCCCCCUCCUUUUUAUUUGUUCAAAUUCUUCUGCUUGCCCUUACAUAGGCUUACCCGCGCUAUAACAACUAUUGCAAAGUGUGGGGACAUUUUGCACAAUUUGCAAUAUGACCAGGAAUGUUCUUGUUGGUUGUCCAGUAAACCAACCAAUCCGAACAUUCUGACAGCAGAGUCUCUAGAGGUAUAGGACUUGGUAAAAUAUUUAAUGGCUAUUCUUGUAUUACAAUCUAUGUUCACUUUUUUGGGCAUUGUGUACACAACUCAUUCAAAUGUAUUUAUGGGUUUUCUUAAGAAUGCGUACUUUAUCAUGGGCUCUAACACAAAUGUUCGUUUAAUUUGGAAAUAUCUAACAAGGAAACAAUUUGAUCUAGGGCUCACCUGGCACCAUGAGCAUUAAAAAAAAAACUAUAUAUUCAAAUUGGUGUCUGUUUUUAUAUAGGCUUGCAGAGUAAUUUUCAACAUUUUAGUUUGUUUUGUUGCCACUUUUUUUGUUUGUGUUUUUUUUUUUUUUUCUCCCCUUUGUUUUAUUUUUAUCUCCACUUGUAGCUGAAGAUUGCUUUGUAGAUCAGGACUUCACUGUACCAAUAGUCGUGGGAGCCGCAUUGGGAGCAUUAAUAAUCAUAGUGACGGUGGCCUAUUUCAUUGGUCGCAAGAGACGACAGUCAGCUGGAUAUGAACAUUUUUCCUAGACAUUUGUCCUACAGAGUUUGAAAUAUUUUUGUGCAAUACAAAGAAACAUUUGCAAAGUAACUGCAUAUUUAAACUUAUUUUUUUUUAAAAUAUUUAAUCUAGUAUCUUUUGAAUGGUCCUGAUUAUAUUUCACAUGUUGACUUGAGAUCUAAAAUUUUAACUUGUAUCAACCUGCUAUAUAAAGUAAAUCUAACCCAUUUACACAUUCCAGUGUUUUAUCUUAAAACCGCAUUGAGGGGAAACAAUAAAAUCACCAUUCUUCUACUUUAUGAAAGUUGGUGUGGUUUUUAUUUUAUGAAUUGUUUUUGACUCUUGAUUUCUAAAGCACUCUAUUUGUACUAUUGUCUAGUUAGUAUCUAGUAUAAUCAACAAUCUCCAAUCUUGGCAGAGCACUUUGAUUAAACCCCACCACCCACCACCAACUGUUUUCUAUGAAGGCAGAUUUUGAAAGGACUUUUUACACACACACACAAAAAAAAAAAAAAAAAAAAAUUCCGAUACAAUGGUGGCAUGCAGGGCCGGCCUUAGGCUUUUAGGUGCCCUGUGCAAAAAACCUUCACAGCGCCCCUGCACCCCCGUCAUCCAUGUAUAGUGUGUGUGUGUGUGUGUGCGCACGCUUAGGAGUGUAGUGAUUUUAUAGGGGAUUUAUUAAAUUAAUGUUUUAAAAACAUUCAUAUUCAUUACUCCUUUCCUGUUACCUAGUUGGGAGAGGGGCAUGCUGAUCUGUAUCUGGUCUGACCCGCCACUGGGUACAGACCAUGCGUAACUGUCUUGCAAGCUCAGGGACUUGCAGCGUCCUUUGGUAAUCUGCGGCAUUGCUCUGAUUAUCCCGAGCUAGGAAAACAGCUACUUAUGGUCUGCUGCCAACAGAAGUGCAGGCCAGAAGUGCCAGACUGCCUCCCCUACAUUACAGAGAAGCAGACUAAGUAUGUUACAUAGUAAUGUGAGUGGUUUUGCUUUGGAGCUCUGGAUUAUACUUAUUUACCUUAACCUCUUUGGAAUAAAAAAGAAUGGCAACUGUUGCCAGAGCAUUGACUUAAGUUUUGCACUGAAUUCAUAUUUGACAGCUCGGAAGAGAAUUCUGGGCUGCCCAAGUCUCGUGCAAAUAGCCCCGGCACAAACUUGGUUGUAACUCUGGACGUGCAGUUUUUUUUUUUUUUGAGAAAUGUUGCACAUACAUACUCAUGACACUUUCAGAUCAUUGAAGUUGUCAUGGUGGUUGAUAUUCAAAGCAGAUUAGCAUAGCGAUGGACACCAACGCAGUGGAUUAAAUCUUUUAUGUCCUAAGCAUUCGAUUGCUGUAUUGCUGUGAUUGUUGAGCAUGUGCUUGUAUGUGCAAAGAAUGUAAACCUUCAUCCGUAAGGGACCACGCUACAGAGAGGAUAUGAGUGUUUGUUUAAAUCUUUUACUCCAGUUUUGUAGUUUCAAUUUUAUUUUUUUGAUAGUGUUCCUUUAAUGUAUCAUGUAAUGCAGCAAAACACCAUGUUCUUGAAAAGCAGGAAACAAAGGCUUGUUUUAUGUGCAGAUGAGUUGACUUUCACAGACCUAGGACAAGGAUAUACACAGGAUGUUUUUUCUCUGGGUACAUAUGAUAGCUAUUAAUUGUGGGGUUGAGCUUAGAAACGUUAUAAAGUGUUCUAGGUGACGGGGGGUAUAGGGACUUGAUGGAAUGGAAAGCCGCUAUGGUAAGGAGUAAGAUAAAAUGCACCAGGUUACCACAUAUCACCAUUUUAUUUUAUACAUUGCAUUACAUUUAAUGAAACUUGCCUGAGAAAGUGACUAAACUGCAAAUAGUGCUGCCUGCCACUCAGAAUGAUCUUGGAUGUAUAGUGCGCAUGGGAAAGAAAAGUUCUUUACAUAACUUACUGUACAUUUACUGAAUGUUGAUGGCUUGCUCUCUUCAUGGUUUUCUUGCUUUUUUCCCCCCCCUCUCUCUAAACAGCUGAAGAAUGCUUUGCUGACUCUGAUCUCAACUUUCUCAUUCCCAUCGCAGUUGGGGCGGUGCUUUUAUUUCUUAUAAUACUUGUUCUUAUCUCCUAUUUAAUUGGACGAAAAAAGAGUCGCACGGGCUAUCAAUCUGUUUAACAUCUUAACUAUUCUAUAUUACCUUUCUACGAUCUCUGCUACAACGAAUUCUUGUACAGCACUGGCUGCUCCAUAUACCGUGAAAUUUAAAACCUUUAACUCUGAACAACAAGUUGGUGCACAGUACAAUGACUUUGAUCCUGGUUAUAGGAUAUUUUAUUUUGUAAGUCUUACAGUGGUGAUGGACACUGGGCUUUUGUCUGGUGCUGCAAAAACCUGUUAAAGGAACACUUUAGUGCUGUGAAUGCAGGUUUGUAUUCCUAACACUAGACUAUAUAUGCCCUCCCUAUGCAGGUGUCCACGCUCCCAUGCAGGGGUUUAAAAGGUUUUUGAAAUUUCCUUAUCAAACUAUUUUAACAAACUCUUAAAUACAAAACACUGGCAGGUUAUUUACUGAAGUGAGAAUUCCAAGUUAAGGCUAGAGUAUAGUGAAAUGGAAGACAUAGGUUCCAAGUUGUCGAUUUUGACCUUAAGUUUGAGAUUUACUCCGAUAUCAUCGAGGUUAUUCACUCAAGUUAGAAUUCAAUUUGGGAGGAGAGGGAGAGCACUUCUGGCACCUAAACUACUACAUAGUUGUAGUGGUCUGUGGUGCUUGGAGUCUUAGUUUUAUUGCCCUAUUUUUAAGUAUCUAAGGUUGACGGGAUGUGGUUCUGUUUUUAUUUGGGGGGGUUGGGGUUUAAGGGACAGCUCCCUGAAUAAGACAGCUGUUUUGUCACUGCAAAUGUUGCUAAAUAUGUUGAGGUGAGAUUACAUGUUAAAAGGAACACUCUGGGAACCAACAACUGAUUGGUAUGUAUUGGCAUCAUAGUCAUGCUGUGGUUUUCUCCAUGUUUAAAAAAAAAAAACACAA